GGGACGCCUUUCAAGCGCAGCCCUCCUCUCAGAGGCGCCCUCCCUCGCAUUCACUUGCAAAUCGCUGUGGGCUGGCAGGAGCCGGCACUUCCAGUCUCUAACCUUCCCAUGGCGAGUGCUGCAGCUCCCUCAGCAGAACCUUUCUCUCCGAGUGAGGAAGGGCUUCCCACCCCCCCUUUUUCUCCCCUCCCCACCUUCCUUAAUCAGAAUCACUGAAUGAAAGCCAAUCAGAGAGAGAGUUCGCCCCGUUUUCUUCGGUUCCCUGCCGUCCAGAGUUAAAAGUGACGCUGAGAGAAAGCUUGAGUUAGACCGAAGUAGAAUCAGCGGUAGAAAAUAACAGCAGAAAACAAACAAAAAGGGGACAGGGUGACAAUCUCUUCAGGGUUAUUUUGGCUGGAACCAACUUCCGUUUCCAGAAGCUGAUGAAACCAGCUCUUGGAAAUACGUCCACAGCAUUAUUGAAAUGUUGGAGGCCAGCUGAGACCCAGUGAGAUCUGAUGCCAUAAACAGAACUACUUUCUCAUCGUCUACACUAGAAUUUUUCAAGAAGUGAACUAUGACGAUCUAUCAGUUCUUGAGACUUUUUGUUCUCUGGGCAUGCCUACCCCACUUCUGCUCUCCAGAGUUAAUUUUCAGAAGGACUCCUGGGCUUCAGCAAAUGAUUGCAGAAGCCCGCGUCCCAAGAAGUGAUGGUAAAAUCCUUCACCGCCAAAAACGUGGCUGGAUGUGGAACCAGUUCUUCUUACUGGAAGAAUAUACAGGAUCUGAUUAUCAAUAUGUAGGCAAGCUUCAUUCAGACCAAGAUAAAGGAGAUGGAUCGCUCAAAUAUAUUUUAUCUGGAGACGGAGCUGGUACUCUUUUUAUUAUUGAUGAAAAAACAGGUGAUAUUCAUGCCACACGACGAAUUGAUAGGGAGGAAAAGGCCUUUUAUACUCUACGUGCUCAAGCUAUUAACAGAAGAACUCUGAGGCCAGUAGAACCAGAGUCUGAAUUUGUGAUCAAAAUCCACGAUAUCAAUGACAAUGAGCCAACGUUCCCAGAGGAAAUUUAUACUGCUAGUGUUCCUGAAAUGUCCGUUGUAGGUACUUCUGUGGUGCAAGUCACAGCUACCGAUGCUGACGACCCUUCCUACGGGAACAGCGCCAGAGUCAUAUACAGCAUACUUCAAGGGCAGCCUUAUUUCUCUGUGGAGCCAGAAACAGGUAUCAUCAGGACAGCUUUACCAAACAUGAACCGAGAGAACAGGGAACAGUACCAGGUGGUCAUACAGGCCAAGGACAUGGGUGGCCAGAUGGGGGGUUUAUCUGGUACCACCACAGUGAACAUCACACUAACAGAUGUCAAUGACAACCCGCCUCGCUUCACUCAGAAUACCAUCCAUCUUCGAGUUCUUGAAUCCUCUCCAGUUGGAACAGCUGUUGGAAGCGUAAAAGCAACCGAUGCUGACAUGGGAAAAAAUGCUGAAGUAGACUACCGCAUUAUUGAUGGAGAUGGGACAGAUAUGUUUGACAUUAUAACUGAGAAGGACACACAGGAAGGCGUCAUUACUGUGAAAAAGCCACUUGACUAUGAGAGCCGGAGACUUUACACUCUGAAGGUCGAGGCAGAAAAUACCCAUGUGGAUCCACGCUUUUAUUACCUAGGGCCAUUCAAAGAUACUACAAUUGUGAAAAUUUCCAUAGAAGAUGUGGAUGAGCCCCCUGUUUUCAGCCGAUCCUCCUAUCUGUUUGAAGUUCAUGAGGACAUUGAAGUGGGCACAAUCAUUGGCACUGUCAUGGCAAGAGACCCCGAUUCUACUUCCAGUUCUAUCAGAUUCACUUUGGAUCGCCAUACUGACCUUGACAGAAUCUUUAACAUUCAUUCUGGAAAUGGAUCGCUUUAUACUUCAAAGCCCCUGGAUCGUGAACUGUCUCAAUGGCACAAUCUUACCGUUAUAGCUUCUGAGAUCAAUAAUCCCAAAGAGACAACUCGUGUGUCUGUUUUUGUGAGGAUUUUGGAUGUGAAUGACAAUGCUCCACAAUUUGCUGUGUUUUAUGACACAUUUGUAUGUGAAAAUGCCAGACCAGGGCAGCUGAUCCAGACCAUAAGUGCGGUUGACAAAGAUGACCCCUUAGGUGGUCAGAAGUUUUUCUUCAGUUUGGCUGCUGUUAAUCCUAAUUUCACAGUACAGGAUAAUGAAGAUAACACUGCCAGAAUUUUAACCAGAAAAAACGGCUUCAACCGACACGAAAUAAGCACCUAUCUGUUGCCUGUGGUGAUAUCUGAUAAUGAUUACCCAAUUCAGAGCAGCACUGGCACCCUGACCAUCCGAGUGUGCGCCUGCGACAGCCAAGGCAACAUGCAGUCCUGCAGCGCGGAAGCCCUGCUCCUGCCUGCUGGUCUCAGCACGGGUGCCUUGAUAGCCAUUCUCCUCUGCAUCAUAAUUCUGCUGGUUAUAGUAGUCCUCUUUGCGGCCCUGAAAAGGCAGCGGAAGACCGAGCCUCUGAUCUUAUCCAAAGAGGACAUCAGAGACAACAUUGUGAGCUAUAACGACGAAGGUGGUGGGGAGGAGGACACCCAGGCCUUUGAUAUUGGUACCUUGAGGAAUCCUGCAGCUAUCGAGGAGAAAAAGCUCCGGCGUGAUAUUAUUCCUGAAACGUUAUUUAUACCACGGAGGACUCCUACAGCCCCCGAUAACACGGACGUCCGGGAUUUCAUUAAUGAGCGACUCAAAGAACAUGACCUGGACCCCACCGCGCCUCCCUACGACUCACUGGCCACCUAUGCCUAUGAAGGAAACGACUCCAUCGCUGAAUCUCUGAGCUCAUUAGAAUCAGGUACCACGGAAGGAGACCAAAACUACGAUUACCUCCGAGAAUGGGGACCUCGGUUUAAUAAACUAGCAGAAAUGUAUGGUGGUGGCGAGAGCGACAAAGACGCUUAGCCUGGCACCUGAGCUCUGCUCAAAGAAAGGAACUUUGCAGAUACUGUCUCCACUUCAUAAUCUUUGAUAUUCAGGAGAAUUUUUUCCUGCCACUCAGCACAAGUUUUCCACUUAUUUCUUAAUUUGUUCAUUAAUUAUAUUAAUUCUUUCCUGUAGAAUGUCUCAUGGAAUAUAUACGACAUUUUAUUUAAUCACUUCCAAGAGCCAAAGCUAUGGAAAUUCAAUGUUGUCCAUCAUAGUAAAUAAAGGAAACCUGAUCAGGAUAGCUCUCCCUUAAGCAACCUCAUGAACAAGCCGCUUCUGUUAGAUACACGUCUUGCCCUUGCAAAUGAAGCUUUGAAAAGGCAAAGAAAACAUUCAAGAUAUAUCCUGUUCUGUACAUUAAGUUAAAAGCAAUGUACAUGUGGUGUCGUAGGUGUGAUAUGCAGCCUGGUAUACAAGCAUUUGUGCAAUUUCAUUUCAUCAAAUUCUAUCUGCUAAUGUUUUAUAUUUAUAUUUUUGUAUUUAUUUUUAAAAAAAUAAACCAGUUUUUACAACUACUUUGUCUCUAGCUUAUCUUUUCCCUAGGAGCAAAUUUCUCUCUCCAUAAAUUAAAAAUCUUGUUACCAAAUCGAAUUAAAUGCCCAGGAAGAAAAACACAUUUUAUGCAAUGUUGAAAGCCUUGACCAAACUGAUAUCCCAGGUAAGCAUUGCUUUUCUGCAGUAAAUCAUUGCGCUGUGAUAUGGGGAAAUUUUCACACUAAAAGCAGCUGCCAAUUAUAAACCACUUAUAAAUUACUGUUUGAAAAAUUUACAAGAAUGGUGCUCUAACCCCAGAGUUGCAGAGUCAAUCACACUCGAAUUUAAAUUAUUGCCAUUCUUGGUUUCUGUGCUAAAUACACCGGGAGUACAGCAUUUUCAUCUUGCCCAUAUUUACUAAAAUAGUAUCUGAAAGAAUAAGACAUUUUGUAAUUUUUGGAUGACAUUUGUGCUGUUGAGGUUUAGAGGUGAUAUGAGCUCAGGCAGCUCUCAGGCUGGAAUAAUCAUUGAAUGGAAUUCUAUUUACCUCCCAUGGUGUCUUUGAAAAUGCCUAGUAAUGACAGUAAUAACACUGAAUAUUCCAUUAAGAUGCGGGUUCACAACUCUGUCAGCUUUAGGAGAUGCAUGACACAUUAUUGUAACAAAGUCUUUUUGUGUAAGAAGAAUGACUUGAUAGAAAGUAAAAGCACAAGUUGAAAAACAAACUUUAAAGUGCUGGUAGUCGAUCAGAAAAUGUUACUGAGAAUCCUGGCCGUGAGAACAAUGUCAUUACUUGUUGUUCAACUCCUCGGCCAUGAUUUCUUUGCCAAUAGAAUAAUUUAUUAGUAGAUACAGAAGUCACCGUCCCUGCUGAGUACAUUGAAAACAAUACCAAAGAUUCAUGUGCUAAUUAGUAAAAAUGCUAUAUGACUUGAGUAGGUCUGUGUUCUAUGUUGAUAUAUCCUUGAUGCAGAACUAAUUAUUUCAGUGUUUUUGGAUGGUUUUUUUUUUUCUAAUUUCCAGGCUGAAAGGGCCCACACCACUCUACCCACUGAUGCUUCAGUUUGUCUAAUAGUCUGAUUAUGAGAGAGAGACAACCCAUGAGGCCCAAUUAAAAUCACAACCAAGUCGUGUUAAGGACACAUCAGGAUGGAUAGUAACACUUAAUUUGACAGAAACCACUAAUGUAUAUCAUACAUUGGCUUCCAAAAGAGACUAAGUUUAAGAAAGAACUUUUCCCCUUUGUGCUGAAUUGAAAUAAAUAAAAUACUAUUUCCUGGAGAGAACUGUCAUUAAUAUAAGAAUAAAUUGGCUAAAGAAAAGAAAAACAAAGGCCAUUGAAUGUUUCAAAUUGGUCAUAAUUUAAAAUAAAAUUUUGGUUGGAAUUAAUUUUAACUAUCCCACACAGGUAGGGUCCUUGUGUGAAUCUUAGACAUCAGUAAUGUGAUUCUUUAGACUAUAAUGCAGUUCUUAUGUGAAGAUGUUUAUCUUCAUUCAGAAAUAUCAAGCGACACUAAAUUGUUCUGGCAUUUUCUUAGUCAUCCAUUAUUUUAAAAACCAAGAUUUGUGGCAGUGAUCUCUAGCAUAACCCAAACUUCAGGAAUGAGCUUCAGUACGACUGAUGGGCAGGUUUAUUUGCCAAUUGUGGAGAAAUUGGUUAGUAGCAAACAGCCAAUAUUGUUGUUAAUGAAGAUGGUAUCUUAAAGUUAUUUCUUGCAGCCAUGAAUUUAAAACAUGUUAAAAAAAUCUAUUUCCAGUCUCUCAGUCACCUUCUGGUAUUGUGCUUGCCCAAUGGAAUGGCCAGUACAUAGUUUAUUCCAACAUUAGUGUUCUGUGUCAAUGGGGCUACUGUUUCUCGAAAUAUUAUUGAUGUAACUGAAACAAUGGAGGUUUUAAAUUUCUUCAUCCAUAUUUAUCUUCAGAAUAAAUUGUUUAUUGAGCAUCUAUUAUAAAAAAAUACAAGGAAUGUUCUGACA